AUGGCAGAUAAGACAGGCGGGACGAUGGAGCAAUGCAGGAAUUCAAAUGAAGAAGCAGGUCCCCAAGAUGCUUUGAUCAGUGAGCCAGUGGUGGCUGUAGGCGGGUUCAGAGGCAUUACUGCCUCACCUUAUGUUGCUGGUGCGGCUAUUUUAAGCACUGUUGGUGGACUUUUAUUUGGCUAUGAUCAGGGCGUAGUCUCCGUUGUCCUCGUCAUGGAAAGCUUCAUCGCCGACUUCCCACGCAUAGGUCCUCAUUCUAGCGGCUUUUUGAAGGGUCUCUUAACGGCCAUGAUCGAAUUCGGUGCCUUUUUCGGUGCUCUGAACCAGGGCUGGAUUGCGGAUAAAUACUCCAGAAAGUACUCUAUAAUGAUUGCUGUCGCCAUUUUUCUCGUGGGCAGCAUCCUACAAACCGCGGCUGUUAGCUUCAGUAUGCUCAUUAUAGCCAGGCUUAUUGGAGGCAUUGGCAUUGGAAUGUUGUCAAUGGUUACGCCUAUGUAUAUCUCGGAAAUUGCUCCCCCUGAGAUUCGUGGAACUCUGCUUGUUAUGGAAGAGCUUUCAAUAGUUGUGGGAAUAGUUAUUGCAUUCUGGAUUACAUUCGGCACAAGAUACCUUGGUGGUGAAUGGAGUUGGCGUCUUCCUUUUUUUAUCCAAAUCAUUCCUGCCUUAUUACUGGGAGUCGGCGUCUACUUCCUUCCAUUUUCGCCUCGAUGGCUUUCUUCAAAGGGAAAAGAUGAUGAGGCCUUGAAAGCUCUAACAAAGUUGAGACAAUUACCGGAUACCGAUGCCAGAAUCCGGAACGAGGCACGCCAAAUGCGUGAGGAGGUUAUACACAUUCGAGAGAUCCACCUACAAAGGCACGAGAGCAUAAUAAAUUCGGCAAUGAAACUUGAGUUGGCCUUAUGGAGAGAUUGUUUUGCAUCUGAUUCCAUCAAACGUACACACAUUGGUGUAGUUAUCAUGUUCUUCCAGCAAUUCGUUGGUAUCAAUGCCCUGAUCUACUACUCUCCGACUUUGUUCGCUAGGAUGGGCUUGCAGUCAGAAAUGCAACUUGUCAUGUCGGGAAUUUUAAAUAUUUGCCAGCUCUUUGGCGUCGCAUCGAGUCUAUUUACAAUGGAUCGAUACGGAAGGAGGCCACUACUCAUGCUCGGCUCUUUCUUCAUGACCAUCAGCCAUGUCAUGAUAGCUGCCUUGGUCUGCCUCUUUUCUUAUGAUUGGGAAUCACAUGCCACGGCUGCAUGGGUCAGUGUAGCAUUCCUCCUGAUUUAUAUGGUGGUUUUCGGUGCAUCGUGGGGUCCUGUACCUUGGGCAAUGCCAUCGGAGAUCUUCCGGACAGAUUUAAGGGCAAAAGGGGUUGCUAUAAGCACUUGCUCCAAUUGGCUGAACAAUUUCAUUAUCGGUUUGAUUACUCCACCAUUGGUCGUAUACACCAAUUGGGUGUUAGAAGCUCGCCUCGAACAAGCCGACCUUCUUAAGAAGGUGGUCGAUGCCAUCAAAGAUCUCGUCCAAGACUGCAACUUCGACUGCAAUGAUUCAGGAAUCGCGCUCCAAGCUAUGGAUAACUCACACGUUGCGCUCGUCUCUAUGAUGCUCAAGGCUGAAGGAUUCUCUCCUUACCGAUGUGAUCGCAAUGUUGCGCUUGGUGUCAAUCUCACAUCUCUUACAAAAGUUCUGCGGGCUGCACAAAACGAGGAUAUUCUCACCAUCAAAGCCGAGGAUGCACCAGAUGUGUUAAACUUGGUGUUUGAGAGCAGCGAAAGUGAUCGAUUGAGCGAGUAUGACUUGAAGUUGAUGGAUAUUGAUCAAGAACAUUUGGGUAUCCCUGAUACAGAGUAUGCGGCUGUUAUUACUAUGCCAAGUACGGAGUUCAAGAGGAUCUGUGUGGAUCUUAUGGCUUUGUCUGAGUCUGUAUCGAUUGAGGCUUCGAAAGAUGGAGUCAAGUUCCAGUGCAAUGGUGAUAUUGGAAAUGGUGCUGUUACCCUUCGCAGCCACAGCAAUGUGGACAAGCCAGAGCUUAACGUUGAUAUUGAGCUUACCGAACCGGUCUCCUUGACCUUCUCCCUUAAAUACUUGGUCAACUUCUGCAAGGCUGCUGGUUUGUCCAAAUCUGUUAAACUUUGCUUGUCCAAUGAGGUUCCUCUUUUGGUCGAGUAUCAGCUUGCUGGAAGCAGUUACUUAAGAUUUUACUUGGCACCAAAGAUUGGUGAUGAUGAGUAG